AUGUCGAACCAGACCCCCGAAUCAUGGGAGGAUGAGCUCUCCCGACAGACUGACGGCGUGAACCUGAACGCCCAGGGCCGCCCUCAAGCUCAGGCGCCGUCCUUCCAGCCCGGUGCAGCAUCUUUCCAGCCCGGCGCUGCCUCGUUCACACCCGGUGCCUCUGCCUUCGUUCCUGGACAGCAAUACCCGCAGUACGGUGGUGGUGGUGGUGGCUACCAGUACAACCAGUACGGACAACAAGCCUAUGGGUAUCCCCAGCAGGCCUACGGCCAAUACGGCGCAUACAACCAGCAGCCCGGCGGUUACAACCAAUAUUAUAACCAGCAGCCCGGUGGUUUCCAGCAGCCCCAGCAACAGCAGCAAGCUCGCCAGAAUGCCCCCGCCGCCGCCUCUCAGCCUGCGCAGGCUGCGCAAGCCCCUGCGCCCAAGGCCAAGGUGCUGUCCAUCGGAGCCACUUCCUCGACCGCCGCUCCCAAGACCAAGGUGCUCUCUAUCGGCACCCCGACUCCGGCCCAGCCCGCAGCUUCUACCCCUGCUGCUCCCGCUGCCUCUACAACCAACGCCACAAGCAAGGGCGACACCAAGGGCGCCGUUGCAGCCGAGGCCGGUGCCAAGCUGACCGCGGCGAAGGCCAUUGACAAGACUGAGAAGAAGGCUGAUUCAAAGGCUGCCGCGAGCGGACGAUCCUCGCCUACUCCCUCGUCUGGUCGCUCCAGCCCUGGCCGUGGCGAGACCGCCAAGGCUGCACGUGCUGCCGAUGCCGUGGCCAAGGCCCAGCAGGCUGAUGUCGACGAGGCCACCCUGAAGGAAAUCUACGGUGAGCGCCGUGAGCAUAUCAACGUUGUUUUCAUUGGUCACGUCGAUGCCGGAAAGUCCACGCUGGGUGGCUCUCUGCUCUACUGUACUGGCAUGGUGGACGACCGAACUAUGGAAAAAUAUAAGACCGAGGCCAAGGCUGCCGGUCGAGAGACCUGGUACCUCUCAUGGGCUCUGGAUUUGACUAACGAGGAACGUGCAAAGGGUAAGACCGUCGAAGUUGGUCGUGCUUUCUUCAAGGUGACAGUGCCUCACCCCGAUGGCCCUAUCGAGCGUCACUUCUCUAUCCUGGACGCUCCCGGUCACAAGUCCUACGUGCCUCAUAUGAUUGGAGGUGCCUCUCAAGCUGACUUGGGCUGUCUCGUCAUUUCAGCCCGUAAGGGUGAGUACGAGACCGGUUUCGAAAAGGGUGGUCAGACCCGUGAGCACGCUCUGCUUGCCCGUAACACUGGUGUUCAAAAGCUGGUCGUUGUGGUCAACAAGAUGGACGACCCCACCGUCGAAUGGAGCAAGGCUCGUUUCGAAGAGUGUACCGUCAAGGUCAUCAAGUUCUUGGAGGCUCUUGGCUACAAAAAGGAUGACAUCUUCUGCAUGCCCAUUUCUGCCCAGACCACCUUGAACAUCAAGGAAAGGCUGCCCGAGGGCAUUGCCCCUUGGUACAACGGCCCGUCAUUGCUCGAAUACCUUACGCAGUUCAAGCUCCCCGAGCGUAAGAUCAAUGCUCCCUUUAUGAUGCCUAUCAGUGCCAAGUACCGCGACAUGGGUACCAUGGCCGAGGGUCGUGUCGAGUCCGGUGUCAUCAAGAAGAACGGUAACUAUCUGAUGAUGCCCAACCGCACCGAGGUCUCAAUCUCUGCUCUCUAUGGCGAAACCGAGGACGAGAUCACGACUGCGUCUUGCGGUGACCAAGUCCGCAUGCGUCUGCGCGGCGUUGAAGAAGAAGACUUCUUCCCUGGCUUUGUGCUUUGCUCUCCCAAGCGCCCUGUCCACUGUGUUUCAGCCUUCGAAGCCAAGAUUCGUAUUCUCGACUUGAAGAACAUUCUGACCGCCGGCUUCAACUGUGUCCUCCACGUCCACUCUGCUAUUGAGGAGGUCACUUUUGCUGCUCUGCUUCACAAACUCGAGCCGGGCACCGGCCGCAAGAGCAAGCGGCCCCCUCCCUUCGCCAACAAGGGUCAGACAAUCAUUGCUCGCCUGGAGGUGACCAGCACCGCAGGUGCAGUUUGUGUUGAAAGAUUCGAGGACUACCAGCAGCUUGGACGAUUCACUCUUCGGGAUCAGGGUCAAACCAUCGCUAUUGGUAUGAUCACCAAGCUUAUCCUCCCGGAGAAUGAGGCUUAA